GUGUGUGAGAGAGAGAGAGAGAGAGAGAGAGAGCGAGGAGAAGACACGCGAGCGGAGAGAAGCACGCGCAUCGACCGGCUCCUGCAGCCGGAUGCUCUCCUCCACAUUUGACGUAUUCCACCUUAUUCCUUAUAAUUAAGUGCGUAGAAUGAUACGCAGCGUUUUUGACGGAAUAGCUCGUUACACUUCGCCACAGACACAGAUGGACGCCGCCGCCGCCACAGACACAUGACUGGACGAAAGCAGCUCUUCCUCCCCUGAGACUGACGCGAUGUCCAAACCUCCGAGUUUCUAGUUUCCCUCUUCACUCUGUCGCCCUUUUCUUUCCCCUCUGGACUCGUCGGAUUUAAGUUUCGCAGCCGAAAGGAGCUUUUUUUCUUCUGUGUCCGUUUGAAAUGACAGAAAUAAGCGAGAAGGAGAACGAGCCACAGAACCGAGACCUGCACCGACCACAGGCGACCGUGCCCAGCCACCAGGAAUCCAAGUUGCAGCGGCUGAAGCGCUCCCUGUCCUUCAAGUCUGUCAUGCGCAGUAAGAGCAUGGACAACUUUUUCCAGCGCAACAAUGGCGAAAUGCGCCUGCCCUCGGCCCUCAUCACCGCACCACCACCUCCGCAAUCUCCUCCACCCUUCUCCGAGUGCCCCCCGGCCUAUGAGCACUCCCCCUCCCUGUCCCCGUCGGUCAGUCCCAACCCGUCUUUAUCGUCUCACUCGCCUUCGAUCAGUCCCUCGCUGUCCGUCACCUCCACAACCCAGCCAAAGACUCAGGGCCCGCCGGUGCAGCCAGUCAAGACGCACUGUUUCCAGGAGCAUGUCUUCCGUAGGCUUACCAGCUGCCAGCGAUGCAAACACAUGAUCCAAGGAAACUCCAAGCAGGGCCUGCGCUGUAAAGCCUGUAAACUGGCGGCCCACCUCUGGUGCUCGUCUGAGCUCUCCCAGCAGCCCUGUAACGGAAAGUCAGGAGCUUUCAAGAGAAACUUCAGCUCUCCUCUGCUGGCCAUCGAUCCGCUGGGUGUGGUCAGAGAGGCGCCCGCCGCUCAGGAGGCGGAUAAUAGCAGUGUUGACCCCGUGUACGAGGCGCUGCGCUAUGGGACGUCGCUGGCUCUGAUGAGUCGCUCCAGCUUCGGCAGUAUCUCAGAGUCGCCUUGUCAUGAGGAAGAAAAACCACAAGACAAACUCGAAAAUCAGCCGAUUGCUGAAGAGGAACAAAUACCAGGAAUGCUCACCCCUCCUGAAAGCGAGAAGGCUGAUUCGGAAGACAGGGUCAGCCUGAAGACUCCCAAACGAGUCGAAGUCCACUCCAUCCACACCUACGUGGCCCUCUACAAGUUCCUGCCUCAGGAGAAGAACGACUUGGAACUACAGCCUGGUGACAGAGUUCAAGUCACAGAUGACUCCAACGAGGACUGGUGGAAGGGGAAAAGCAGAGACAAAGUGGGAUAUUUCCCAGCCAACUUUGUUCAGCGGGUCCGCCCUGGCGAGCGGGUGUGGAAGGUCACUGAUGGUUUCCACGGCAACCGAGACAAGGGCCAGAUGACUGUAAAAGAGGCCCAGCUCUGCACUCCCCUCUCUAUCCCCUCCCUCUCUCACCCGUUGCCGACCCCCCCACCCCUCUUUCCUCUGCAGAUCUGCGUCGGGAAGAACGAGGACAUUGACGGUUUCCUCCGGCUGACGAGCGGGAAGAAGCGAGGCCUGGUCCCCGUGAAGUAUCUGCUGGAGAUAUGAUGGCGGCGCGCUUCUCCUCGACGCUCAGUUUGAUAGAGAAGUUCACUGUAAUGGAGGAACGCUCAGGAGUGUUUAGCCAACACCUCGCUGACCGCCAACCACACAACCCCCCCACCCCUCCAAAAGAGUGGCAGUGAAGCAGCAGCUUGCGUGGACAACGAGCCACGAUACGGCUUUUUACUGCAGGAGGAUUUUAAAGGUUGGAAGGAGGGGCGCCUUCUUUUAGAGUUCUUUACAGCUACUUUUUUCCUGUAGCACAACUUGACUUUGUGGGGUUUAUACCCCCUCACAAAAACAAAUGUAGCAUCACGUAGAAGAGGAGAAGAGUGCAGGAAGUCUGGCUACCUCACUACACAUCUCCAUUGGCCAAUGCGUCUGCAAAUAAAGGGAAGACGACGACUAUAUUAUGAUGUCAAGGCGCGUGCAGGCCUAUGGGACUUUGUGAGCAAACUGUCUUCAUUUCAUUGUUCGUGUAGAGAAAACAAGACGUAGGAGAUCGUGAAAGAUUGUAGCUGUUUAUCGUAGUCGCUUGUGCAAACAUGUUACGGUUGGUUGUCUCAAACCCUGCAACAGAUUCGGGUUUGUAGAGUCAGCUGAAGAAAUAAACCACGAGAGUGCAGCUCACGACGUGCACACGUCGGCUGAUGUGAUGUGGAUUCAUGAUGUGUCGCUCUCACUAGAAAACGAUUCAGGUAUUACAUCACGUCAAAUUUGAGUCUUCUCUGCUCGGUUUUGGUCAAAUGAAAGUCAUGACACACUCGCUGCAUUUCAGUCUGCUCUCCGGUGAUUAGAUUACUGUGCAGUUUUGCUCCUCGCAGCACGGAUGUGAUAAAUGCUUUCCGUGCACCUCUGGGGAGCUUCUCUCUCACUAUGCCCUUCAGUCACACUUGCAGAUUGUUAUAGUUCACUCUGUUCCAUGUAACUCUAAAAAAAAAACGAAUCUGGUCAAUAUAUUCUCUGCGUUGUUUAUCUGUAAUGUCCUGUGAUCCUCGCUGUCAUGUCCGGUUGUGCUGUAACAUGACGGCGGUGCGCUGUGUUGACUUUCUGAUGCUUUUCUUCCAGGGAAGAAUGGAGCAAAACUAAAAUUAUAAUUAAAAUGUCUGUAAUUCAGGUUGAUGAUUUAAAAACCAAACCCAGUGUCAUCUCAGAAGGUCGCGCACCUGUCAAGAGAACGUGUUGAAUUUUUUGAUAAAUGGCGGCGGCGACUCCUCCUCCCAGCACACCAGGUUAUUUUUAAAUAACACUGCAGAAGGACUGUUAUUUUUGCUGGAAUUUAAAGGUGAUAAAAAUCAAAAUCACCUCACACCAUUCGAUUUAUUGCUCUGUUCCUAGAAACCAUAAGGCAGCGUCAAACUGCCUUUGCUGUGGCAAUAACUGUAAAUAACAAUAUGACAGUAUUUGUAAAUAUCCUUAUAAAUAUAUUAUAUACUGACUCUGAAUAGCUCUCUGCUAACCAAGAGCUUUGCAGGUAUCCAGCAGCCAGGUAAGGGCAUUAACCUCACAGUUAUAAAAUUACAUUAAAUUAUUAUUUAUUGUCCCACUUAUCAAUGUAUGCAUCUCUAUGCUCAAUUAACAUCUAGCCCUGUUAGCACAAAUCUUUUUAAAUACUAUGCACAACUAGUCACUCACUUUAUUUUCUACUCCGCUUAUUUCCAGUGUUGGCACACGCAUAUUUAUGUCAGUGUAUACCUGUGCUUUUUGCAUUGUGGAUAAAGAUUCCAGCGUCGGGGGUGUUGCAGCUUUUACAAAAUGUCCAUCUCAGUUCAUUACCUUCACUGGAUAGAACCAAGAUUGGCUCAGGAUCAGUAUUACCCAGGUUAAUUCCCUUGCACACUACCAGGCUAGUUCUCUGCAUGGCGAGCUGCCCUGUGACCCUCACAUCUCUCUCAAUAAAGGCAGAUGAACUCUCA